GAACCAAGAACAUCUCCCGUGUGUCCCAGAUAAUGCUUUUUCUUGAAAUGUUGGUUUCUUUGGUCCAAAUAUCAGUGUCAUUGCUGUGUUUGACGUUAGCAAGUACCGAUGUUGGAGAAGAAAUCAACGAGACAGUCAUUUGCACCAAGGACUUAAUAGAGGUGGAAAUCCCAAGUAUUUUUUUUCUAACCAAGAAUCCUCCAAUUUUAAUUUCUGAUUUGCACCUUAAUGAUCCUGAAUGCCGCGGCAAAGAAAAAGACGAUUCUUACGUGUUCAGCAUCCAAACUAAUUUUACAGACUGUGGAACAUUAAUGGCAUCCGAUGAUUCUCAUAUUGUGUUCCUCAACACCAUACACAGCAAUUCCACUGAUGUGGUCACUCGAUCGUACAUCAAUAUAACUUUUGCCUGUCGCUAUCCCAUUAAUUACAUGGUACAGCAGCCCAAUGGGGAGAGCCGGAUCAGUGUUGAUAUCAGGACCAUAACACUGAGCACUGAGGAUGGAAACUUUUCAGUCUCCAUGAUGUUAUACAAAGACGAGGGAUUUCAUGACAUGUGGACCACGGUCCCCUCACUUCAACUGGAAGACAAUAUAUUUGUCAGAAUUUAUAUGAUUCCAGGUCAUCUUAUAAUACGAAUGGAGAAAUGUUGGGCAACUCCUACAAAUGAUCCGUCUCAUCCUGUUCAAUACACAUUUAUACAGGACAGCUGUUCCCAUGUAUUUUUGGAUGAAACCUUAUCAAUCAUUAUGAAUGGGGUUGGUGCAGAAGCAAAGUUUAGGAUUCAGAUGUUCAAGUUUGUAGGACUCGCUUACAACAACGUCUUUCUGCAUUGCACUGUUCAGAUAUGCCACGAUACUGAAAACAUCUGUAAGCCAAAUUGUACAAACCACAGAAAGAAAAAUAGAAACAGGAGAGACCUACCUGCUGCUCAUACUGUUACUUAUGGUCCAAUUGAGCUCAGAGUGUCAGACGAUGGAGGUGCUGCGACGGCCAGAGGAAAACUGCUACCAAUAGAAACAAUGAUACUUGCCAGCGUCCUCACUGUUGCUUUGGUAAUUACCGGCAUAUUUGGAAAACUCUUCCUAAGUUCCCGGAGAUCAUAUCCAACAAUGCAAGCCCAGCUAACACUUGCCAAUAUUCACCACUCUGAAGUAGCCUCGUGAUGGAAUGACACUUUGAAAUAUUGUACUGCUAACAAUGAUUUUAAUGGAAAAAUUA